AUGUCGACGGACCAAGCACUGACACACGCCCAGCAGCAGUUUGCAGAGUGUCUCGAGGAUGGCCAGCCACUGGCCGACGCCCUGCGCACAGGAGACCGCGAAGCCAUCGAAGCCAUAGUGUGCAAGCUAACAGGCCAACUGGAAUCACUCAAAAAGCAAUCUCAAAUGACAGAAAGACCGCGCAUUGCGUCCACAGGCCACCUAUCGCGGCUCACCGACGAACAGUUCCAGCACCGCCGGCGGCUAUCAUCCGUACCUGGGGUAUUUCCCACCUCAUCUUUGGCCCGCGAUAGCUCGGAUGAUUUGAAGUUGAAGGACAGGAGGAAGCGCGCAACCAUGGGCCCGGGUCUCUUGGGCACAGAGACGUCAAUGUCGAGUUUGGUCUGUGCGUAUUGCGGUAUGUCUCUGGAUGAGGGCUUGGAUAUGGCCACCAAGGCGACGCUCAAUAGCGAGAUUGGAUACUGCUGCACGAGCUGCGAGAAUAUCUUGAGCCAGGCUGCCGACGGCGACACAAACAGCAGUCUAAAUGUCGCCAUGGGAACGCCCACGGUGGGGAUCGGCGCUACGCGUAGCGCCCCGGGGACGCUACAGGACGAUACGCUGUCACUCAAAGCCGUGGCUAAUGACGAGGAGGCGCAGGGGUACUUUGAGCCUGCUGUGCACCAAUGCGAUACCUGCCAUACGGCGCUCGGCGACGAGUACGUUAAUGUAUUAGGGAAGCGGUUCCACGUGACGCAUUUUGCCUGCGAGGACUGUAGUAUUCCGCUGUAUGCCCUCGGCGGGUACCUGCAAGACCCGCUGGGCAGUGACAAGUUCUACUGCCAACGCGACUACUUGCAGAGAUUCUCACCUUCUUGUCACGCUUGUAGCGUGCAGAUCACUUCUGGCGAGAUGGCGGUGGCUUUGGGCCGCACGUAUCAUUCGGACUGCUUCGUGUGCUCUAUUUGCCAGUCUCCAUUUAUUGGCGACGUGUGUUAUGAGCAUGAUAGCCAGCCCCUGUGCGAGUGGCAUUGGUAUAUUCAGAAUGGCCUGCUUUGCACUGAGUGUGGCGGUAUUAUUAAGAACCAGUGCGUGUUGACUCGUGGGAAAAAGUAUCAUCAAAAUUGCGCUGAGUCGAAAUACGGCGAGCCCGCUAUCACUAUUGAUGAGGCGCGCCGCCAGAUCAAGACCGGUGCAACUUUGAAACCAGCACUUGCGGUGACAUCCUCGUAA